AGAAACUCCUUUUGCUGCAAUGGCUUGCAAGGUUGUUCAGGCCAGCGAUGUUGCCGCUUCAUUCAUUAAUGAGAUCAAGGCAACUAUUGUUUCAUCCAACAUUAAGCCACUUUUAGUAGGAUUUUUAGCCAACGAAGAUCCUGCUGCACGUAUGUAUGCCCAAUGGACUGCCAAAACCUGCAAACAAACUGGCAUUGAGUUUGAGCUACGUGAAUGUCCUCGUACUGAACUGGAAGACAAGAUUGUUGAAGCCAACGAGGAUGAAAAUGUGCACGGUAUCAUGGUUUACUACCCCGUGUUUGGUGGAGCUCAGGAUCAAUAUAUUCAGAAUACCGUGAGCUAUACCAAGGAUGUCGAGGGCUUGUGCCAUAAGUAUCGGUAUAACAUGUAUCACAACAUUCGCUUCCUUGACAAGAAAGAAACUCAAAAGUGUAUUAUUCCUUGUACUCCUCUUGCGGCUGUUAAGAUCCUAGAGUACAUUGGUGCAUACAAUCCAAUUCUUCCAUAUGGAAACCGUUUACACGGUCGUAUCAUUACCAUCAUCAACCGUAGCGAGGUGGUUGGUCGUCCACUUGCUUGUUUGCUGGCGAACGACGGUGCCAGAGUGUAUUCUGUUGACGAGUUUGGCAUCAUGGAAUUUCACCGCGGCGAUGGUAUCAAGCUUUCUAAACACGAGGUGUUUGAGACCAAGAUCACUUUGACAGAAGCCUUGUCAAAAACAGAUGUAGUCAUUACUGGAGUUCCUACUGAAAAGUACAAACUGGACACUACACUUCUCAAAGAUGGUGUGAUUGCCAUCAACUUUUCCACUUUUAAAAACAUUGAUCUCGAAGCCAUCAAACAAAAAGCAUCCAUCUUUGUGCCUUCGAUCGGUAAAGUGACUGUUUCGAUGCUGGAGCGCAAUCUACUUAGACUCCAUCAGUAUCAAACUUUUAAAUAAACGUAUUUUUCAUAGUUGUGC